AUGCUCGCUUCAGGAUCCCACUUGUCUAAGUCGAUACCCACUCGGUCUUCAACGAUAUCUCGUAGAAGCAAAGUCCAGAACUUUGCAUCCUCCUCUCUUUUGUCAAACCAUUACCAGACGUUAGACGUGCCACAUAAUGCUACAAAGAGUCAAAUAAAGACUAGCUUCUACAAGAUGAGCAAGCAACACCAUCCAGACGUGUCCGAUGACCCGAUGUCAAAGGCUAAGUUCCAAGCAGCGAGCGAGGCGUACUCUAUCUUGGGGGACGAUAGGAAGCGUCGCGCCUAUGACCGAGAAUUAGCCACAGGCUCCAGCUCAGUCCGCCGCUCACAUAGUCACGCGCCAGGCCACGAAUACCCGUACUCCCAAGCCGCCUACGAAGGCCGCAGGCGCGGUGCAUCCUACGCCUGGGAGCGCCAACACCCCCACCAAUCACAUACAUACACCCACCAAACCCACUCCGCUUACAACCGGCCCCCACCAGGCUACCGCGCGCACGGCACCGGCCCCAACCCCUACACCUAUGCUCACAAUAGCCACGCCCAGGCGCAGUACCCGCACAACCCGUUCGCGUCGCCGUACGUGCGCCGCGCGACGGGGACGAAGAAGGGCGAGAAGGACUGGCAGACGGCGGAGGACCGCGCGCGGAACGUUUCGGGCUUUUGGCGGGCUGUGCAGGUAUUCGGGAUUGUCAUGAUCGUCGCUACUGUCGGUGGCGGUUUCACGGCGAGUGCAACAUAGGUUGUAUUUUGCAGAUAGGGAGGCACCUCGUCAGCCGACAGUUGAUCGCCUCACCCUAAUUCCCGCUCUUAAGUUGAUCUGGCAGGUCGACUGCGUCUUCGUUAAUGGAGAUACCAGUCUCUAUAUCGCCAGGAACCCGCAUGUUCUAUCGGGACCACUUGGACAACAGUACCCGCAUGCCCCAUCUCCACGCUUCAUGACUUCAUCGACAGUUGUUGGGCGAUCAGGCGAGGUUACGCAGAUUGUGGCCG